GUUUGUCAGCUGCUGACCAGAUAUAAUUUUAUUUCCGCCACAGGAAGUGGACCAAUGGUGGGAAAACAUUUUGCGAGGUCUAGCACUUGUUUGUUAUUUGAGGCUUGUCACUUCAAGCACACUUGCUCACGUGCUUUUCAUCAGAACCUUAGCUUUCCAAUCAGGUGUGCUCACCAUCCACCCACCAUGAUGUUGACAACCUCUUAUAUAUUCAGUUUCCGAGGCUUGUACUCAAUACACAGUUGAUAGCCGUGUUUUGUCUAUUUCAGGUUACUCUCCUUUCAAUAUGUCUACUUUACGCGAGCCAGCUCAUCCUCAACACUCAAUGUCUCCGCCAUCCUCACACUUGGAUCAAGGUACAAAACCUUAUCAUUCUUGCCUACAUCCCCGAUCUGCCUCCCCUACAGAACAUGUGCAAAUCCCAGAGAAAGUCUCGCGUAAGGUCAGUUUUUCUGACGUGGUCGUUACCAGUAGUCGGGUGGAGAAUACGGAACGGGAAGCUGUUGCGGCCGCCCGCUUCUACGAACAAGUGAAUGUCGAAGAGCGGCGAAGUUCUAGUCCAGUCGGAGAGGCUGGUCACAACAUAGACGUCCAACUGAUCGAUGCCAAAGAGCAUGAGUUGACUCGUGACACGGCACUAGCGGCGUCAACGCUCCCCGUAUAUGAAGUCAAACUUGGCAUGCUGAAGCAGGCAACUAUCUAUCAUGUCGAGUUUGUUGUUCCAGACGCACUCCCUCUGAGAGCUGCAGAAUUGCUACGAUACAUUGAUGAGGUUCCUGGCCAUGUGAACGCACCCGUCAAUGUUGGUGCCAAUGUGGAGUUGUUGGAAUGUGAUGUGGAGGCAUCUGUAGGGGGGCACCGCUUACUCCUCAAACUGUCGACAACGAAGCAACGUCAAGUCAACGAAUUCUUCACGCUGCGUCUCAUCGACAACCCCAAGGAAGCUGUCCAUCUGGUGCUACACGGGUUAUCAUUGGCUCGUGGUCAAGGCACGCCGUUCCUUCGUUUGGGCAUUCACCGAAUCGGUGAGAAUCCUGAUUAUGAAGACUCGGAUGAGUUCACGGAAUGGCCCGGAUUCCCUGUUCCUUUGGAAGAAGAAGAAGCAGAGGGUGAUGACGCACCGGAUCCGCUGGAGCCUGACCAAGGAGAUCGACCUGAGGAUACUGAAGAUCCUUUCAUCACAUGAUCGAAUAACCGCCUUGCUCCAAACUGUUGUGUUUACGUUUGUGUAUAUGCUGAUCGUGACGCGUUGAUUGCCACCAGAAUGGUGGUGGCACUGUUGUAUAGAAGUGUUCUCCAUUCCCUUUACUGAUCCUUCAUACACUGCCCUCGUGUCUUAUCAACGUGUGGGCUGAUUUCCCCAUCAGUUGUCCAUCAGUUUUAAAUGGACACUACUGAUAUGAUUGAAAUUCGCUUAUGACCCACUGUUUAUUUUGUAUUGACGUUCGAUUAGCAUACACAUCAUCCUGGCACUACUGAAUUUUCGAGUUCACUCGACCCAACCGGA